AUGGCGCAAUCACUUGAACUAUUAUUGAUUCAGUUCUUGAUGCCAGAUAACGAUGCCAGAAGGCAAGCAGAAGAACAGAUUAAACGAUUAGCCAAAGAUCCUCAAGUGGUCCCCGCUCUAGUUCAGCACCUCCGCACCGCCAAGACCCCUAAUGUCCGCCAACUGGCCGCCGUUCUCCUCCGCAAGAAGAUCACCGGCCACUGGGCUAAGCUUCCUCCUCAGCUCAAGAACCUCGUCAAGCAGUCACUAAUUGAGAGCAUUACCAUGGAACAUAGUCCUCUUGUAAGAAGGGCAAGUGCUAAUGUAGUGAGUAUAAUAGCAAAAUACGCAGUUCCAGCUGGAGAGUGGCCUGAUUUGCUUCCUUUUCUGUUUCAAUGUAGUCAAAGUGCCCAAGAAGAUCACAGAGAAGUGGCAUUGAUCCUUUUUAGCUCAUUAACUGAAACAGUGGGGAGUGCAUUUCAACCUCAUUUCAAUGAUUUGCAAGCUCUUUUGCUCAAGUGUUUACAAGAUGAGACUAGCAAUCGUGUUAGGAUUGCUGCUCUCAAGGCUGUAGGUUCCUUUCUAGAAUUUACUAAUGAUGGGGAUGAAGUGAUAAAGUUUCGGCAGUUCAUUCCCAGCAUUUUGAAUGUAGCAAGGCAAUGCCUCGACUCUGGUGAGGAGGAUGUUGCUGUAAUUGCUUUUGAAAUUUUUGAUGAGCUGAUAGAGUCUCCAGCACCUCUUCUUGGAGAUUCAGUUAAAUCCAUUGUGCAAUUCUCUCUUGAGGUUUGCUCAAGUCAAAAUUUGGAAUCCAACACGCGUCAUCAGGCCAUUCAGAUAAUAUCAUGGAUGGCAAAAUACAAAUCCAGUUCCCUGAAAAAGUAUAAGCUAGUCAUCCCCAUCUUGCAAGUGAUGUGCCCCUUGCUUGCGGAAUCAAUAAAUGCUGAUGAAGAUGAUGAUCUUGCUCCAGACCGAGCUGCUGCAGAAGUCAUUGACACUAUGGCAUUGAACCUUGCGAAGCAUGUCUUUCCCCCUGUUUUUGAGUUCGCUUCAUUAAAUAUUCAGCAUGCAAAUCCAAAGUAUCGAGAAGCUUCUGUAACAGCUCUAGGUGUUGUUUCAGAGGGUUGUAUAGACUUGAUGAAAGAUAAACUGGAACCUGUUCUUCAUAUUGUCUUAGGAGCUUUGCGGGACCCAGAACAAAUGAUUAGAGGUGCUGCCUCAUUUGCUCUGGGUCAGUUUGCUGAGCAUUUGCAGCCUGAAAUAGUAUCUCACCAUGAAAGUGUUCUUCCCUGCAUGCUGAAUGCCCUUGAGGAUGCAUCUGAUGAAGUAAAGGAGAAGUCCUACUAUGCUUUAGCAGCAUUUUGUGAGAACAUGGGUGAAGAAAUUCUUCCUUUCCUUGAUCCUUUGAUGGGGAAGCUUCUUGCUGCUCUUCAAAAUAGUGCCCGUAAUUUGCAGGAAACAUGCAUGUCUGCAAUUGGUUCAGUUGCAUCUGCUGCUGAGCAAGCUUUUAUUCCAUAUGCUGAAAGGGUUCUGGAGUUGAUGAAAUCAUUCAUGGUGCUUACUAAUGAUGAGGAUCUAAGGUCACGAGCAAGGGCCACUGAGCUUGUUGGAAUAGUUGCUAUGUCUGUUGGAAAAAUGAAGAUGGAACCAAUUUUACCCCCUUUCAUGGAAGCCGCAAUUUCUGGUUUUGUAUUGGAGUUCAGUGAGCUUCGGGAGUACACACAUGGAUUCUUUAGCAAUGUAGCGGAAAUUUUGGAUGAUAGCUUUACACAGUAUCUUUCUCAUGUUGUACCCCUGGCAUUCUCAUCCUGCAAUCUUGAUGAUGGCUCCGCGGUAGAUAUUGAUGAAUCUGAUGAUGAAAAUAUUAUUGGUUUUGGCGGUGUCUCAUCUGACGACGAAGCCCAGGAUGAGCCAAGAGUUCGAAAUAUCAGUGUAAGAACAGGAGUAUUGGAUGAAAAGGCAGCUGCUACUCAGGCACUUGGCUUAUUUGCGCUGCACACAAAGAGUUCCUUUGCACCCUAUUUUGAGGAGUCAUUGAAGAUUUUGGUAAGACAUUCAGGAUAUUUUCAUGAAGAUGUCCGUCUUCAGGCAAUUAUUGGUUUACAACAUAUUUUGACAGCAGGAUAUGCUAUCUUUCAGAAUCAUAAUGAGGGACCGGCAAAGGCACGAGAAGUUCUUGAUAAUGUCAUGCAUAUUUAUAUCAAAACCAUGGCUGAAGAUGAUGAUAAGGAAGUGGUUGCUCAAGCUUGUAUGAGUGUAGCAGACAUUGUUAAGGAUUAUGGUUUCAUGGCCAUUGAACCUUAUUUAUCUCAGCUUGUUGAUAUGACUUUGGUAUUGCUCAAAGAGGAAUCAGCUUGUCAGCAAUCAGAUGAUGAUAGUGAUAUUGAUGAUGCCGAUGCUAAACACGAUGAAGUUCUUAUGGAUGCAGUUUCUGACCUUCUUCCUGCAUUUGCAAAAUCCAUGGGUGUUCAUUUUGCAUCAAUCUUUGGAAAGCUAUUUGGACCUUUGAUGAAAUUUGCGAAAGCUUCACACCCUCCUCAAGAUCGAACUAUGGUGGUUGCUUGCCUUGCUGAAGUUGCUCAGCAUAUGGGUCCUCCUAUAUCAGGCUAUGUUGAUAGAGUGAUGCCCUUAGUGCUAAAAGAACUAGCAUCAUCAGAGGCAACCAACAGAAGAAAUGCUGCAUUCUGUGUGGGAGAGUUGUGUAAAAAUGGAGGGGAAUCAACUUUCAAAUUCUAUGGUGAUAUUUUACGUGGACUUUACCUAUUAUUUGGGGAAUCUGAGCCAGAUGAUGCUGUCAGGGAUAAUGCAGCUGGUGCUGUGGCAAGGGUGAUUAUGGUGAAUCCCCAGGCUAUCCCAUUAAAUCAGGUCCUUCCUGCUUUCUUGAAAGCUCUUCCAUUAAAGGAAGAUCAUGAAGAAUCCAUGGCUGUCUACAGCUGUAUUUCUAAUCUUGUCAUGUCAUCCAACCCACAGAUUCUUACGCUUGUCCCAGAGUUGGUCAACGUGUUUGCUCAAGUUGUGGUUUCUCCUGUAGAAAUUCCAGAAGUUAAGGCUGAAGUAGGAAGGACCUUUUCUUAUCUGGUUUCACUAUAUGGCCAUCAAAUGCAGCCACUUCUUAGCAGCCUAUCACCUGCACAUGCAAAUGAACUCGCUGCUUAUGUCCCUAAAGCUUAAUGCCUGUUUAUAAUCUGUUGGCUCCAUUUUUGAAGUUGUAGAUUUUUCUGUUCUGCAAGGAUUGUGGUAUAGAUAGGAGGCUAAAUCAGGGCAAGGGCUCAUGGCCUUAUUAGGUAUGUGAGAUUUGCUUUAGCACCUAAAUUGCCGGAAUACAGAUUGCAAUAGCUAUUAGGUGAAAAUAUUGGUGAGACUUAUAAAAAAGAUAUUGGUCUCAUAAACAUUAAAGCCUAUACAAGAUUUAUUCUAGUGUCUAUCCAUUUAUAGUGGCAAAUAUGAAGUGAUUCAACUCUUCUUAAA